CUCGGGCCUUGUUUCGAUACCUUCCUUAGUUGAUCCCCGCCAUUGCCCUUGGAACACCCCUUCUUUUCUUCGUCCCAUCAACAACACUCCGUCACUACACGUACCCGUGUUCGCGCGUGCGUUCACGUCUGUCGACUGCGACCCCUGCUGUCGCGGUGCAGCCUGGUGCUUCGUGCCCCAGGCCGACCCGAGGACGCAGCGACCCAUCGCAUCGCGACCCGCACGCAACCCGCAACCCACCACCGUCCGUUGCCAGCAUGAAGAAACAACAACAGCAGCAGCGGGUCCCUAAUGACGUUCAUGCUCAGGCAUGGCGUCAACCCACGCCGUCGAUGCCGGCGCUGCCACAGCACCAUCUUCCUCCGCAUCAGCAGCAGCAGCAGCAGUUGCAGCCGCAACAACAAUCACAACAACAACAAAGCGCGUUUGCUAACCAACCCGCCUGGUAUCCCAGCCCGAACCACUAUGCCCAGCAGCCCGAAUUGACUCGUCGCGACCAGCCGCCCAUGGACUUUCGCGCCUACGCCCAGAGCCAGCCGCAGCCGCCGCAGCAGCAACAUGCCCAACAUCAACAACAUCACCAGCAGCACCAGUCCCCACACCAGCAGCACGCCCAGCACCCACAACACCAUCAGGCUGCCCCCGUCCAGCCGUCCAUGCCCCAUGCCCCACAACCUCAAGUGACGCCGCAACAGCCAGCCCAGCAGCAGCAACAGCAACAACAGCCUACCCCCGUUCCUGCUCCCGCCCAGCCAAGAGGCCGUAAGCGCAACGCUCCCGGCGCGCAACCUUCUCCCCAUCCCCAACACGCUCCUCAGAUCGCCCACGCGCCGCCACACGCUCCUCAACACCAAGCGCAACAUGCUCCUCCACACCACGCGUCGCAACCUGGCCAGCCUCAGCAUGCGUCCGUCCCCCAGCCUCCUCAACAACAGCAGGCUCAGCAGCAACAGCCCCAGGUUCAGGCCCACCAAGCUGGCCAAACCGCUCCCCCCGCGCAGCAGACUCCGGUCCCUCCUCCGGCCGCUCAGCCCGUCCCCGUUCCUCAGGCCCAGGCUCCGGCUCCGCCUCAGGCUCAGCCUGCUGCUCCCGUCCCUGCCCCAGCCUCCGAUGCGACCGCUCCGCCAGCGAAGAAAAGUCGCACCAAUACCCCUUGGACUCCGGCAGAGGAGCAUCGCUUGAAGCAGAUGCGUGAUGCGGGUAACAGUUGGGCCGAGAUUGCCAAGACCUUCCCUACCCGCACUGAAGGCUCCGUCAAGAAACACUGGUACAAGGAUAUGCACUAUGCCGAGUUUGCUGAGGAUGAGAGUGCCGCCCUCAUGAACGCCAUCAAGGAGUACGAGAACAACAAGUGGAAGGCCAUUGGCGCCAAGGUUGGCAAGCCGGCCAAGGCUUGCGAACAGUAUGCUAAGGAGCAUUUCCCUGAGCUCUUCGCGCCUCAGAAGGCUCGCUAGAGAUGGAUGACUACGUCAUCUCCGACACGACAAGGGUCUGAUUGCCAGUGACGAGCUUUGCAAAGCUGUACGCUGUCUGCAGCGUGGUCAGCAAAAAUACUCUCAUAAGGAAUACAUCUGCCUUGGCUCUCGUGGCCUAGGCGGCUGCGGGGCAACUCUCUGGCAAUCGCAGUCGGAUGACCUGGUACCCUCGGGUUCCUUGGGUUUCCGACAUCUCCGGGCCGGACCAUAUAAAACCAUCAAAGUCAGGCUUUAGUUUAGUCAUGGGCGUUUUGGGAUGCAAGAUCAAUAUCUGGUAGACACACGUCUUUGGUGUCCGCCAAAGGUGGGCAUUUACUUGUCCGCCAAAUCGGAAAUGGAUGAAGAAAGAAGAACCUCAAUCGAAUCGAAGAAAAGUUUCGUUGUUUCCUUAUUUUCUCUUGGGCUUGGACUUGUCUAUUUCGGAAGUUGGGAGAAAGGAUGGAAGGCCUUGUUAUGGAAAAAGAUUUCUUGCUUUGCUUGCGCGCGCGGGCGAUGGGUAUCAAUCGUCGCUUGGUUCACAAACUCUCUCCUCUUGCCUUUGUUGAUGUGUUGAUGUCGAUGUUGUCGUGUUGUGGAUGUCGUGAACAUGGAGGGUUGACGUGACAAAAGAGGUGGGUGGGGUGGAUAUAACUUUCAUGUGGAGGAAAUUACUCGACGACUUGAUGGGGUGUCCAAAUCUAAACAGAUCACGGUGCCAGGUUGAAGCUGGAUGUUGUUGUCUGAUGGUCAAGGGAUCCCCGGGGACGGACUUAGUUCGAAGGUUAGAGAGAUUGAUCCUGUUCUUGUCGAUAGUCAAUGUUGGUGUAGUCUAGCGGGAGGGUACGUAGUAGCGGGUUAGCAGGUUGGUAGUUAGUCGUCGUCGUCGUUGUCGUCACUGAGUUGCUUUAUACCCCUUCG